AAGACACCAACAGGCAACAACAAAACGGCUCUCCUUCUUUCAGUAUUUCACACACCCAAAGCCCACAACAAACGCUCUCCAUCUCCUUGCAUUUUUGAUUCUUAGUAUCAUCAUCGAUCAUCAAUGGCGGGUCUAUAUUCUUCUCUCAGACCCGGUUCCUCGUCGUCAUCUUCAGCACAAUCUUCUCAGAUUUUCAAUUCAAAAAUCUUGCUCUUACUCACAGUUCUUCCUCUCUCUCUAGCAGCCUUCGCCUUCCUUCUCCAAUGGCGUGGCGAAAUCGAUGAUCCAACAACCCGGUGGGGCCCCAAAGAUCGUCUUGAGUUCCCGGGUAUGGAUGCUUCUACCUCCUCCGAACAGCUUACGCGAACUUCUUCCUCGAAUUGUGCGGAUCUAUUGGGUCAAAGCCGCUCCAUUUCCUUCCCUUAUUAUAGGGAUUGGAAAUUCAACUACAAAUCCGAUCUAAAACCUAAGAUAUGCAUUACUACAAGUACUUCUGCUGGCUUAGAUCAAAUAUUACCAUGGAUCUUCUAUCAUAAAAUCAUUGGUGUUUCAACCUUCUUCUUGUUUGUGGAAGGAAAAGCCGCAUCCCCAGGUGUAUCUAAAGUCUUGGAGUCUAUCCCUGAGGUCAAGGUGAUAUACAGGACAAGAGAACUUGAAGAAAAACAAGCCAAGAGCCGGAUAUGGAAUGAGACAUGGCUUUCAAGCUUCUUCUACAAACCAUGCAACUAUGAGCUGUUUGUCAAGCAGUCCCUCAAUAUGGAAAUGGCUAUUGUCAUGGCAAGGGAAGCUAACCUGGAUUGGAUCCUUCAUCUGGACACUGAUGAAUUGAUACAUCCAGCUGGCACUCGUGAAUACUCUCUUAGAAAGCUUUUGUCAGAUGUCCCUCAAAAUGUUGAUAUGGUUGUGUUUCCAAAUUAUGAGAGCAGUGUAGAACGAGAUGACAUAAAGGAUCCUUUCAGUGAGGUGUCAAUGUUCAAGAAGAAUUAUGAUCACCUACCAAAGGAUACAUACUUUGGUAAUUAUAAGGAAUCAACUCGUAAUAAUCCUAACUACUUUUUGACAUAUGGAAAUGGGAAGUCUGCUGCACGUAUCCAACAUCAUUUGCGUCCUAAUGGUGCACAUAGAUGGCACAACUACAUGAAGACUCCAAAUGAGAUCAAACUGGAUGAGGCUGCUGUUCUGCAUUAUACAUACACCAAGUUUUCAGAUCUGACAUCAAGGCGUGACCGAUGUGGCUGUAAGCCUACAAAAGAAGAUGUUAAAAGAUGCUUCAUGUUGGAAUUUGACAGAUCUGCUUUUAUAAUUGCAUCAACUGCAACAGAGGAGGAGAUGCUAAGCUGGUAUCGUGAACAUGUUGUAUGGACUGAUAAAGCUUUAAAUAUGAAACUGAUGAGGAAGGGAAUUUUGACUCGCAUUUAUGCUCCUAUGGUGAUCAUGCAAGGAUUAAGAGAAUCUGGCACCUUCACUUCUUUAAUUGCCUCUGCACAAACAAGUAGUCUACCAGAACCCGAGGUUUUGUCAUCCGUUAAUGAUGCUAAUAUUUCCUCUAAAGCCAUUGAAGGAUCAGAUACCCUUUCAAAGAAGACUGAAAUGACUGGUAGGAAAGUUCUAGAAGCAUCUGAGGUGGUUUUAUUGGCGGUUCCACCACUUCCUCCUCCAACCAUGGAUGAUGAUAUAUGAAGUGAUGAUUGUUUAGUGUGAAUGUUCCCGAUCUUUAACCAAGCGUGAUGUACAUUUUAGAUUAGAUUAGAUAGGAGGUUAGAUUCACAGAGGUAGUAGCGGUAUUUACAGCAUUAUUCAUGCACUUGGCGUAUUUGUGAAUUGAUUUCUCAUGUAUACAAAGUAAGAUCUCCAUUGUGAUUCGGCUUUUUGAAA